AUGCCCAGAGCCUUCCUGGUGAAGCGCCGGAGCCCGCAGCCGGCGGUGCGCAGCUGGGAUGGGCUGCCCGACGAGGAGAGAGCCGACACCUACAUCCCAGGCGGGAUCGGCUGCGUGCUGCUGGGCUAUGAAGACAGCUGCAGCCUGGAGAGCAGCGGCAGCAGCGGGACCCGGGACGCCGAGCCCAGCGACCCCCCGACGCCCCAACCCGCCCCCGGCGAGCUGGGCACGGGCGGGGGGAUGCUGCUGGACCUGGCCAUCAAGCGCCCCAUGGUCAGGUCAAAAAUCAAGUUCACCACUGGGACCUGCAGUGAUGCCACCCUGCAUAGCUGCGAGCUGUGUGGCAAAGGCUUUCGCCUGCAGAGGAUGCUCAACCGUCACAUCAAGUGCCACAGCCAGGUGAAGAGACACUUGUGCACCUUCUGUGGAAAAGGCUUCAACGACACCUUUGAUCUGAAAAGGCAUGUCCGGACCCAUACUGGCAUUCGUCCUUACAAGUGUGAGGUUUGCAACAAGGCCUUCACGCAGCGCUGCUCGCUGGAGUCACACCUGAAGAAGAUCCACGGCGUGCAGCAGCAGUACGCCUACAAGCAGCGGAGGGACAAGCUGUACGUGUGCGAGGACUGCGGCUACACGGGCCCCACGCAGGAGGACCUGUACCUGCACGUCAGCGGCGUCCACCCCGGCAGCGCCUUCCUGAAGAAAACCUCCAAAAAACUGGCAGCUGUUCUGCAAACCAAACUGAGCCCCGUCCUGCAGAGGAACUCCAAAGAGGAUGGCAAGGAUGAGUGA